AUGGAGGAAAAGAUAGACAAAUUGGAGCGAAUUUUGUUUAAGCUAAAACAAAAGCAUAGGCACCGUGAGCCGCGUGACUGCAAAAAGAGCGGGAAGAAACGCCGUGAGCGUAUGAAAAGUAAAAGCCGAAAACGCCGUGAGCGUUGGCCAGUAAAAAGGCAUGCUAGUUCUUCCAGCCGUGAGCCUGGGGAACCUUCAAAAUUUCGCCGUGAGCGUUACACUACUCCGAGUGAUUCAUCUGAGUCUGAUCUAGAGAAUCAAGAGAACUGCGCAAACUAUAAUAAUGCGAGCGAUUCUUCCGAAUCCUAUUCUAGUGCCACUUUAAGUAGAAGUGCGCCCGUGAAGAAGAAGCGCAGGCGCAUAAUUUCUUCUGACGACAGCUCAGAAUCAGAAAAUAAAGAUGAGGUUUCUGAUAUUCCAAGGAACAACUUAGACAGUGAUCUUUUAGAAUUACUGGGAUCUAACGUCGCGCAAGUUGAUGCUGGGGGGCCAGAAAUACAUAACAGUUUAGUAGAAAGAUGGUCUUCUAUUUUGAUAAAGGGUUUAAGCCCUGAAGAACGUAACAGCCUAAUAGGCGAUUACCCGAUUCCCACUAACUGUGAUUAUUUAAACGCUCCCAAAUUAAAUGAUGUUGUAGCAGCGGCAAUUUCUGACUCAGCUACUCGCAGAGACAUACGUCUUUCGUUGCUUCAGACACAAGUAGGCGCAGCUGUAACCGCAAUAGGAAAUUCAUUGACUUCUCUGUUAAAGGAGGGAGGGGAGGGAAAUAAGGUCCUGGUUAAGCAACUGAGCGACGCUGGUAGAUUAUUGGCCGAUUUGUUUCAUAGCGAAUCUCUAUCUCGGCGGGACUUGAUUACAAUGUAUCUGAACAAAGAUAUAAAAGAAACAUUGGAUAAAUCUGCAAUUACUUCUUUCCUUUUUGGCGACAACUUGGAGGAAAGAAUUAAAUCUUCGAAGAAUAUUUUAAGAUCAAGUCAAGAUCUGAAGGUUAUCAGACCUAAACAGAACCUGAAACAUUUAAACUACAAAGGCCUGCCCAGGUACUCAGGUGGGACUCUCCAGAGCAGGCCAACGUCAGCUUACACCCCGCAUCGUCGCCAGCCCCAGAGCAGCAGGCAGUUUGCGAACAACAAACAGUAUCACACCCAAAACAAACAUCGCCAGCAACAACGCCGCAAGAGCCCCAAUUCGAUCCCCUCCACGAGCAAGAGAGACAACAGAUUUUAGAACUUAAGGACCCCACAUCCUCUUUGCCAUCAGCUUACCCUGGUUGUCGGCCGCUUAUCCGGCAAGCUUUACGAGGACAAGGAAUCCCGGAGGAUUCCAUAAAUAUUUCUCUAGCCUCAAUUACUCCGUCCACUAUUAAGCAAUAUAAUGGUGGCUUGAAGCUAUGGUGGAAUUAUUGCCUCGAACAAAGAAUAAAAGUGUUUUCAGUCACGGUAGAACACUUAUUAAAAUUUUUGACUUUUCAUUUUCAUAAAGGUGGUUCUUAUGGAACGUUAAAUUGUUAUCGUUCUGCGAUUGCGCAAUUAGUAGGUAAGGAUAAUAUAAUAAAGGACUUUAGGAUAAGACGUUUUUUUAAAGGUGUUUAUGGAUUGAGACCAAACCACCCAAAGUACGAUUCAACUUGGGACCCCUCGAUUGUCUUAAAUUUCCUAGAGAAAAUGCCGCUAAACGAUUUUAGUUUAGUACAGAUAACCUACAAACUAGCGGCCUUAUUGCUUUUGGCUACGGGGCAGCGGGUACAAACUAUAGCGAACAUCGAGAUAUGCAAUAUAGUUAACACAAGGGAAGGUAUAAAUAUAAAGAUCCCCUGUAGACUAAAAACUUCGGCACAUAAUAGAAACCAACCAAAUAUUAAUAUUCCUACCUUUAAUAAUAAGAAACUUUGUUUAGCACAUACAAUUAAUAACUAUUUAUCUUUUACUGAAGGAUUGAGGGGCACUCAGGCAAAUAACUUGUUCAUUACACUUAAGAAACCCCAUAAGAACGCAUCUGCACAAACAAUUGCUAGAUGGGUUAAGAAAGUUCUAGAAGCAAGUGGGAUAGAUACAAGCGUAUUUACGGCCCACAGUACACGGCACGCAGCGACCUCAAAGGCUGCUAG